GGGACGCAUUCAUCGGUCAACGAAACGAUAUUUGCAUUUCACGGAGGAUACCCGAAGCCGCGGAGUAGUGUACAUCAUGCAAAUUGAAUGCAUUUUGCUGAUGACCGGUCUGAUUGCUGGGGUCACCGCAGGCUGGCGGAUACAGACGGUCGACGACCUUCUGCGCAAUCGGAACAAAUGUAUCAAAAUACUGGACCUUGGCGACGGGCUGGCGGAGGAGUUUGGCUUUUUCAAUUACGCCGAUCAAGAUCAAGCCAAGUGCGUAAUCAAGUGCAUCAUGAAUAGAAUGGGAUUGUUCAACGACAAACGUGGCCCUCACGUGGGACGCCUGGUGAGGCAAAUGAAGUUCGCUUCGCUGUCCAGCACGAAGGUGAUUCGUGAGGAAAUACUGCAGUGCGCCUAUCAGGACAUGGAAAUGGACCCGCAGGAUGGCUGCGAACGGGCUUACGCACUGUACCAAUGCAUACAGAACAGUAAUCUGCUGCUGAUGAAGGCACCGGAUUCGACGACGUGACCGAUGGGUCCCUCGCGAUGGUUCACUCCACAAAAGUGUGUCAUCAGUCAGCACAUCAAUACAUCACAUUAGUUGUAAGUGCGGUGAAGUCUUCUAAUUUGAUAAGCAGCGUACGCAUAUGUAAUUGCUCCUCACGCCACAACUGGCUGGAUGCUGGCAGGAAGAGUCACGCGAUCGGAACAUUUUUGUUUGUCAGUUUCUAUGGGUUUCAAUGUGAAGAAUCUUUUCUUUAUGGAGCAUAACUAAUCGGGCCGGCAUUUACGCUGGAACGUAGAUGAACAAUUAACCAGUAUCGCACAAAUGGAGGAGCAAUUGUUUUUCGUACUAUAGCAGUGAUAUUGAUAAUAGCAAAAUGUUAACAACUUAUAAUUAUCUUUAAAAAAAAAUGAACAGUAAACACAUUUCCACUCAUUCAACCGCGCUAAAUUAAGUCCUUUGUGGCGAUAGACCACAUUAUCCGAAUAAAACGGUACUGUUUGUAAACAUAGCCUCAAGCUGAUUGUGAUUACAUGGCUUGCCGUUUGUAUUGUAAGUCACAUUUUGCAGUUUAUACGUUCGCGUUUUUCCGUUAAACAUCCGCUCUGGUUGUGGAACGUUAAAAAUUACCAAAACUGAGGAAGAUUCUCACAUUGUACCUAUCACCUUCAAGUUUUUUCCCCGGAAACAGUUGCCAAAACAAAUAUAACCAGUUUUAUUCUAAAGAAUUUCACUAAUUUUUGCUUGUCACUUGUUACAUCAUUUGAGAUUAGCAAUCUUACUGAAGGAGCACUAUUUUUAUACAUGCAGUGAGUAAUUUCGCGUCAAACGAGAAGAAACAAUGGCCUCAGCACUCUGAUUUGAAAGGCCAUACGUAGUAUUGAUAGGCUCUCCGUAUUGCAUAAUUAAGACCUAUGUUUGCGUAUCAGUGUAAUAUAAGUUGUUUCACAAUGCAAGUCUUUUUUUUUAACUCUAAAAACCUUGAGGCAGGUUUUCCAACAUUAAAAACCGUUAGUUUCCCGAUGAACGUCCUUCAUUCUUAAUAUAUCGUAGAAAUGGUGUGGUUGCAGGAUCUUCGUAAACUGCUGAGCAGUGGAACAAUCUGGAGUAGUUGGAGUGAGACUCAAGUUGAAUGUUAGAUUUGUAGUUGAAGAAAGAAUUCAACCUAGAGAAUAGCUUCUUGAACGCUUACUACACAACUAAAUCGGUUAGCCUAGUAGUAAUCAUUUUAGGUUACGUUUGUCUUCCUCGCUGACAACUGGACUUUUAAAGAUUGUUUUAUCGGAGCCCUCAACUCACUGGUAAUCAGGCAACUUUGUAGGAACUACAAGCUGCAUGCGAAGAUAAUUACUCCGUGUGGCUCUGGAACACGACGAUUAACCUGAAACUGUGAAGAAUACCAAGAGGCAAGAGCUGUGAGAAGCUAGAGCUGCAAAAUGAGACUUCACCGCCAUCAAAAACGUUAGCACUUGUAGUGAAUAGCAUUAGUAAGGUAGAAUCUAAGUAAAUCAAUAACAUUCAUUGAAUAUAUGAAUUAUGAAACUUGCUUUGUUACAAAAUUGAACAUAAGAUAAAAAUGACACUUGAAUGGUAGCACUGC